AAACAUUCCAUCACCAAAAAGGAAUUUCUUUUGCCAAUUUUACUAAAUUCCAGGUGGAAUUACUGCAUAUUUGACAAGCAACUACUUUCAACUCCAAUGGAGAAACUUCUUAGACCGUAUGAUAAGGAAUUUGUGAGGAUGGCAAUGUUAAAACAUGAAGAAACAUUCAAACAACAGGUGUAUGAGCUCCAUCGUCUAUAUCGAAUCCAGAAGACAUUGAUGAAAAGUUCUGAAAACAGCAGGCCUAAUGGAAGCUUCAGCUUAAAGAAUCAGACUUCAAGAAGGCGACUCGACUUGGAACAUUCGGUGCACCAUCAUAACGAAACGUCAGAAGUCAUCGAUGAGAGCGAGAUUGAGCUGACGUUAGGGCCGCCGAUGAAGGAACGACAAGGGACAACUCUCCCUCGAACAUGGGAUUUCGGACCGUGCUUCUCAUCGUCUUCCUCUGAAUCCUGUCAUGUAACAAUGGGGUAUCGACAUGGAAGUAAAAGCAAUAACGAUCUAGAAGAACAAUUGAGAAAGGAGGGAUUAGAUCAGCCUCCUUGGAUUCUCCAAGUUCUAACUAUGAAUAUGAGUCUAUGACAAGAAAAUACCUCCCGAUGUGGAUAAGAUUAUAUAUUUUAUACUGCUUCUUAUCGACCAAUUUUCUUUGAUUUGUAUGUUGGUGUGGAAGUUUUAGUUUCUUCUAAUGGUUCUUUUAGCAAAAUGGGUGAUGAGAGUCUAAAUUAAAUCAU